AAAAAGUAGGGCGUUCGACCAACGGACGCCGCUGAUUCUGCUGCAACACACACGAGGUGGACAAUGAAAAUUACCCAAUGACUGCGCAGUUGCUGGUGUGCAUUGACACAGUGCAUAAUGGAGCAAAGGUCAACAUUCUUCUCUGUGAGGCUGCCAGCGUGUAGCAUUUUAACCACCUACCCAGCACAUUACAUAAACUGUUUGUUGGGGACGGAAGGAAGCUCGAAGCCCUGACAAGAAACCACACAUUUCAACUUGACCCAUUCAGGGACUGAAUGAACUUGGUACCAAAACACUUGGUGAUCUCACACUGUAAUUUUACUUGUGAGUCCCCCCCGAUCAGCUGACAUAAUGGUUUCAGAUAGCACAGCAGAGCAAGAGAAUGAGAUGGACCUUAAGGUGCCUGCAGCUGAAGCCAUUGAAGGAAACAUUGAUGGAGAUUUAGAGAGAGUAAAGUGCACUUCAGAGGAGCCGACUGCCUCUCAAGCUCUCCCAGAGGAGCCCAGGAAGUGGAUAUGGGCUGUGAUCUUCUUGUGCUUCUAUGGGUUUAUGUCAUCCAUCAAGCCUGGAGAGCCCUUCAUUACACCAUAUCUACUCAGCACUGAAAAGAAUUUUACCAGGCAGCAGGUGACCAAUGAGAUUACGCCUGUGCUGACGUACUCCUACAUGGCAGUGCUGAUACCUGCCUUCCUGCUGACUGAUCUUCUGCGCUACAAGCCAGUUCUGGUCAUUCAGGGCAUCAGCCAGGUGGUCAUCUGGCUCAUUCUGCUCCUCUGCACCUCCCUCCUUCAGAUGCAGUUUAUGGAAUUCUUCUACGGUGUUACAAUGGCGUGCCGCGUGGCCUAUUCCUCCUACAUCUUUUCCCUGGUCAGCCUGAACCUCUAUCAACGCGUGGCCAGCUACUCGCGCACCUCCAUCCUCUUAGGAGUGUUUACCAGCUCCAUGCUGGGCCAACUUUUCAUUUCAGUGGGACAAAUCCGCUACAAGACCCUUAGUGCAAUAUCUUUGGGCUUCGUCAGCUUUGGUCUGCUGCUGUCGCUGUGCCUGCCCUGGCCGAAGCGCUCCUUGUUUUUCAACCAGGAGCGCAAACAGGCGCCCAGCGAAACGGCCACUCAGUUAGCCACCAAAGCGGAAUUGUUCAAGAUGAAUUCGACGGAGGACGAAUUGACCACAGCCGUGUCCCCGUGCUCGGCGUCCCGCUGGAAGGAUUCCCUUUUUGUGCAGAUGCUGAUGGAGCUGAGAACUGUGGUGAAAAAACCCAACACGCGACUGUGGUCCCUAUGGUGGAUCUUCAACUCCACAGGAUACUACUUGGUGUUAUUCUACGUCCACAUCCUGUGGAGCAAAGUCUACCCGGCUCUGGAGAACAAGAAUGUCUACAAUGGUGCCGUGGAGGCUGCAUCUACUUUACUCAGUGCCUUGACCGCCUUCAUCGCAGGCUUUGUUAAAAUCCGCUGGAAUAUCUGGUCAGAGCUUGUCAUUGGUGUGAUCACAGCAGUGCAAGCUGGCCUGCUACUUGUCAUGGGCACCACUGACAAUAUCUGGGUCUGUUACGUGGCCUACGUACUCUUCAGGAGCUUCUACCAGUUCCUGGUGCCUAUUGCCACUUUCCAGAUUGCGUCGUCACUCACCAAGGAGCUUUGUGCCUUGGUUUUUGGCAUCAACACUUUCCUGGGGACCAUCCUGAAGAGCGUCAUCAACCUGAUUUUUUCCGACAAGAGGGGGCUGGCUUUGGAUGUGCACAGCCAGUUUCUUGUGUACUUUAUUUACUUUGCCCUGCUGACCGUUGGUUACUUAGCAAGCGCAGUGGUCGUCAUCUUCUGUCACUUUAGAAAGCAGCCCAAGAGGCAAGGAAUCGACCAACAGCCCAAGUCUACUGAACUCAGCAACAUGAUCCCUGAGGCAGAACCUUUGUCCAAUGGCAAAAAUUCCGAGACAUUGCAGUGACCAUCGACUGUAUUAAUGAGCCAUAAUCAUGCUCAAGUGCCUCAACUGCUGGCUGAUACAGGAGCCUCGGUUUGCUUUAAAAAAAAAUUAAUUCAGUGCACUUACAGUAAUGACAAAGUUCAAUGUUGAUAGCCCGAAUGAGCCGAGUUUGAUUGUCCUGAUUCAGUGACGGCGAAUUAAUGAUUCCAUUGUGAUCAUGACAGAACUGCAGCUAUCAACUGUGAUGUUUAUAUCCAUGAAAUCACUCCAUUGGAUUUAGUUUAGGUCUGUAUCAAUAAUCAAACAUUAAACUCGCUUUAGUUUAGAAGUUCCCUUCAGUGUCAUCCCAGCGUUGAUGGUGAUAGUUGCACAUUUUUAUGAAGACUUUUUUUAGAGGAAAAAUAUGCAAUGAAAUAGGAUAUACACAGAAGAAAACGCAUUGGAAGAAAUUACAAUUGUUUUAUGGAGACUUAAAUUUACAUUUGUUUCCGGUUCACGGCCUUGCAGGUUUUCUGAUGUUUGGUGAUAGGAUUGUUGCUUUUACUCCCACACACACGUGGGCUGGACACUUAUGAGAAUGUAGUGAUUCCAAAUGCAACAGCAGCAUUUUGCAGCUUUUAAAAAAAAAAAAGUUUUUUGUUGUUUCGAAGCAAUGGCUGGAGUACACGAGAUGACUGUUUUUGAGUAGGAUUAUACAUUACUCAGUGUGAGAUUUAAGUUAAUGUUACAAUAUACCUUGUAUCUUAUGUUAUCAGUGAGUUUGUCUGAAUGUUGUAAAAAAAACUUAAUCAGGUGUUCAUUUUUUCAGUAUUUUUGUGUACGAUUAAAGCGAGUAGAUAACAUUCGAA